AUGACUGGCUUAAGCUGUGUGCGAGGCCAGGAGAGUGCUGGUUUCGUCACAAGUAAUGGAGCCAGCACACCCACAUACACAGUCCACAAGGGGAUGGGAUUGGUGAGCACUGCUUUCCCUCCUGAAGCCGCCCUAAAACUGCGCCAUGGAAACUUGGGAAUCUGCCACACACGGUACUCGACGACCGGGAACUCGGAGCUGCAGAACUGUCAGCCAUUUGUGGUGGACACGCUACACGGCAAGAUAGCUGUGGCUCACAACGGAGAGCUGGUGAACGCACAGGCGCUCCGCAAGAAGGUGAUGCGUCACGGUGUGGGCCUUUCCACCAGUUCAGACAGUGAGCUGAUCACACAGCUGCUGGCCCUCACUCCGCCCAUGGAGGGGCUGGACAACCCUGACUGGGUUGCCAGAAUCAAAAAUUUGAUGACAGAGACUCCUACGUCGUAUUCGCUGUUGAUGAUGUUCAAAGACGUCAUCUACGCCGUGAGGGACCCGUAUGGGAAUCGGCCUCUCUGUAUUGGGCGGGUGGUUCCCGUUUCCAAACUCCACAGUUCAGGGUCGGAGGAGGGAGAUACUGAGGGCUGGGUUGUGUCUUCAGAGUCUUGCAGCUUUCAGUCCAUUGGUGCCAGGUAUUACAGAGAAGUGUUGCCAGGGGAAAUUGUUCAAAUCUCAAAACACGGCAUCAAGUCUCUGAGUAUUGUCCCACGUCCAGAAGGAGACCUCCCUGCCUUCUGUAUAUUUGAAUAUGUUUACUUUGCCAGACCUGAUUCCAUAUUUGAGGGUCAAAUGGUGUACACUGUGAGGCAGCGCUGUGGUCGGCAGUUGGCCAUUGAAGCUCCCACAAAUGCAGAUGUGGUUAGCACCGUCCCUGAAUCUGCCACCCCUGCUGCCCUCGGAUACGCACAGCAGUUGGGAUUGCCGUACAUAGAGGUUCUGUGCAAGAACCGCUACGUUGGUAGAACAUUUAUCCAACCAAACACUCGACUGAGGCAGCUGGGAGUCGCCAAAAAGUUUGGAGCUUUGACUGACAACUUUGCUGGAAAACGGGUAGUGAUCAUUGAUGACUCCAUUGUGAGAGGCAACACCAUCUCACCAAUAAUAAAGCUGUUGAAGGAAGCUGGUGCAACAGAGGUCCACAUUAGAGUUGCCUCUCCACCAAUUAAGUUCCCUUGUUACAUGGGCAUUAAUAUCCCAACCAAAGAGGAGCUGAUUGCAAACAAACCAGAGUUUCAGGACAUAGCUGGAUACAUUGGUGCCGACAGUGUUCAGUAUUUGACUGUGGAAGGCCUGCUUCUGGCUGUGCAGGGAGGAAUUGGCUCCAAAGACAAAGAUGAAAUGAUCAGUAACAAGUCCAUCAGCAGAGUGGGCCACUGCACAGCCUGCCUCACUGGGAAAUAUCCAGUGGAGCUGGAGUGGUAG